AACGCGAUUCAGUAAUCGGUCGAACGGCAAAACGUACGCAACGCGCAAUUGAAUAUCUCGCUUAUUGAAGGAAUGUGACUAAAUAGUGCCAGGCUGUAAUUAUGUGGUCGAAGCAAGCGGAUACGCGUAACCCCAACAAAAACAUGACAUCAUUCAAAAAUAAGAUAACUCACCGGAAACGGAAAAACUCCAAGUCGAGAAACCCAGCAACCGACACCGUUGACAGUCCGGAGACAGAUUUAGCAUCGAAAUCAAAACAAAACGAAGAGAAACAGCGUCAGCAGAAGCCGGGCAAAAAUCGUGGCCGCAACCGCGGCAAAAAAGACGCCACCAACGCGGAGGCUAAAAACGCCGCUAAAGAAGCUAAAACUAACGGUGAUAUCACCGCUGGUUUGAACGAUAAGGACCUUGAAUCGCCAGAUGUCGUGCUCAGGCAUCCUAAUAGCGACAAUAACAAGCGAAAUACAACCAAUAAUCCAAUAAAGAGAUACAGCGACAGUUUUGUGAUUGAUAAGAAUGAUAAGGCACAAAUAAAAAUAGAAGAGGAGGGCGAUCAGGUGCCGCCAGUGCUAACACGCGCGGUUAGUGGGUUUUUUAUCAUAGACCAAGCGAGGAAAGCGAGACGUUUCAGUGAUUUGUUCAGACCGGCCAGUACAAUGAAGCUGUCCAACAGUACCGAGAGCCUCAAGGUUAACGAGAAAAACAGUAUCAACCGGGAAAAAGUCGCAUCUUCCGGUAAAGGCGACAAAAAAAUCAAACCCGUUCAAAGGACCAACAGCAGUGUCAAGACGGAUGGGAAAAAAAACGCGACUUCCCUCAAAGUGGACACCAAGACCAGUUCUAAGAAGGAAAACGUCGCUUCUGAUUCCUACCUGAAACGGGUGCGAUCAAAGAUUUACAAGAGCAAGAACGAGAGUUCUAUUGAGAAGACCAAAGGGGACGAAGUGGAUUCCUCCUCGAAGUCUAGGAAAUUGAAGCCAAAGAAGAGCGUAGACGUAACGGGCAGGAUACCGGAAGACGAAGUGGCUGUGUUGUCUCCGAACGGUCUUCGCAAAUCCCUGACCCACUUCGAUUUCCGAAUGACGAGACAAACUUCUAAUCUGGAAAGGAUACGACCAGAAACCGUAGGAUCAGCUGAAAAAAUGAUGAAUUCCAAUAGUGCUGGUGAUAAACCGGUUUUGGCGAAAGCCAAAUCGAGCAGUGCCAUCAACUUGAGUUUGUUGAGGACUCGGAGGAAUCAGAUUAUGGAAAAAGUAGCUUCGAGGUUAGGUGCGAAAGAAGUUAACAACGAGUUCGACUUUAUCGCUUUCGGUAGUGUGAACAAUGUGUCGGGGAUCGGAAAAAGUGAUGGAUUAUUCGGAUCUCAGACUAGCUUGCAGAAGCAGCCUAGUUGGUUGCACAUUCAUAACGAUGGGAGAGUUGAGGUGAAGCAGGGCCAACCCGUUUCGCGGAGCGGAUCUGAUAGACGUCCCGACGCUGUUCGAGAAGAAGGUCUCAAACACCAGGAGUCCGCAACUGGUACCGAAUCUCGCCAUGAUGUCUCCCACGACAAGACUGAUAUCACCACAAUGGCCAGUAGUACCAUCCUUCCUGCAACCGGAAGCCAAAGGCGGGUGAACUCUAACAUCAAUAGAUCGGAAAGCGUUAAAGAACAAUCAGAAAAGAGGAAGCAGAGGAGAAACAUCAGUGACCCCUCGCACAAUACCACAAGCGGUGAUGUGGAUUUGGAUCGACACACGGCUUUAUCCAAUACGGAUUCGGGUAGCUCGUCGAAUUCCACUACAAAAACAAAUGAUAUUUUGUCAGAAAGUCCGAGCAACAGUAUAGAUGCAGUGGUCCAGGCGGCAGCACUACGUGGUACUGUCGACUCAGAUAGCGAUAUCGAUGCUGAGUCGGAGCAGUGGCAAAGUUUGGUCCCACCUGAAGAGCUGAAAAAUCUACCUGCCCACGAGAAAAAAAGGCAAGAUGUGAUAAACGAACUUUUCCACACCGAAAGUUCCCAUGUGAGAAACCUCAAAGUGUUGUACAAAAUAUUCUACAAAAAAAUCCAAGAAAGUCAAACUCUCAAACCUGAAGAACUGAACCUAAUCUUUCCGAACAUCAAAGAAAUGUUAGACCUCCACAUGGAAUUCAACAAGGAAAUGAGGAGGCGGCGGAAAGAGGAUCCGAUCGUUAAAGAGCUGGGUCAUAUGUUGGGGAACAUGUUCGGAGACCUGUAUGGAGAGUCGUUGAAGAAGGCUGCGGCUACCUUCUGCGAGAGACAGCAACUGGCGCUCGAGUUUAUCAAGAAGAGGCGGGAGAGAGACUCUAAGUUCGAUGCUGUGUUGAUAGAAUGCGAGAAGAAAAGACAGUGCAGGCGGUUGCAGCUUCAAGGCAUCCUGCCCACAGAAAUGCAGAGGCUCUCGAAGUACCCUCUCUUGCUCGAAAGGCUGAUGCACAGCAUCGAAUCGUUAGACAGUGAACAUUCGCAACAAGAAGAAUUGUCAAGGCUGAAGAGAGCCCACCACAUGUCUAAAGAAAUUCUCAACCAUGUGAACGAAGCCGCCAAAGUGGCGCACAACAAACAUAGGUUAGAAGAAAUACAAAAGCAUCUCGACACCAGUGCUUUCGAAAGGUCCGAUCACAUAGCGCAAGAAUUCCGGACGUUGGACCUAACGAAAUAUAGGUUAAUUUUGGAGGGUGGUAUGCAGCUGAAAAGGCCGAACAAACCCAUUGUACCAGUACACAUCCUGCUGUUGGAAGAAGCCGUCAUCAUUCUCCAACGGGAAGGCGACAGGUUCCUUUUGAAGUUUUUCCAAUCUGGUUCAGCCGCCCAACCUCAACCCCUCUCUCCAAUUAUAAAAAUGAGCAUGUUACUAGCUAGGACGAAUGCUGUUUGUGAGUAAACAUUUUUCAGAACUAGACGAAAUACAAAUUUCCAGAUGUAUGAUCUGAUAGCCGAGGAUGAGAUAAAAAGAGAAGUAUGGUUCAAACACUUCACCGAUGCCACGGAAGCAUAUAACAAGCGGCAAGGAAAGUCUCUGGAUCGCAAAGAGGAAGCAGCUACCGAUUCGGAGUCCGAGAGCGUUCAGGAUCUUCCUCCUUCCGAAGAGGUCUCCGAACGAGCCGAAGCAGUCGGAGGAGACGCGAACGAGAGUGCGUCUGCAACGACAGAAGACGGCGUCGAUCGAACGUCCACCGAGGAUAAUAAGGAACCCAUAGAGGAAGAUAAUACCGAAGAGGGUGAGAGGAAUUCCGCCGAAACAUCAGACAUGGUCGCUGGUGGUGGUGUCCAAACGACGAAGGUGAGCGCGGAGGAAUGGCCGCUGAUCCAACCGUCGCAAGUCAGCGUCGCGGUGCCGCCCGUUCACAUCGCUGAAUCGAUGCUCACGCCGCUAGAACAAAUUCGAAGAAAAGACGCCUUGGUCAAGCAGGCGUUAGAAGACAAAGAAGGCAUCGUAGCGGACCUGCUGAGUAUACCUCGAGAACAUUUUCAGCAUAUCGCUGACAUGGCCUCCAUGGACACUUCUACUAGCAAAGACAUCUCGGGGCAAGUCCUAGCCUCAAUUUACCAGGUUCACCAGUUGCAGAAAGCUGUGAACGAAUCGACGAAUAUCACCGAAUUGGAUGCCAUGGCCGCGAAAGGUGGAAGGUUUCCUUCGUGCGCGAGUCAAGAAGACGGAGAAGCGUGUCCCUCCAUUCCGCUUACUGUACCGUCCGGCUUGGUGAGAGACAUAGCCGGAUCUCUUAAUUUACAGCUCACAACCCUUUUGAGCGAAGUAAAACAGGUAGAGGAAGAGAGAGAUAGGCUAAGAAAAGAGUUGAACAGAAUGAGAGAAAUGUUACACGAAGAACAUAAUCUCCAUAGUGCAGUUCCAGUUGAUGACGAGAAUCUGAUAACGACAGAGUGUGCCUCAGAUUGAACUACCCUCUACCAUAGUGUACAGGUUGUCCCGAACAGUGAUUGAACACAGAAGUCCCAGAUUGAAUAAUCUGCUUGACAAUUACAAAUUGUAAGAUGUUACAUAGGUAAUCAAAAGUGUAAAUUAUAACAUAAUGAGCUUAGAAUUGAAAUAGUCGUAUUUAUAUAUUAUUUUUCUAACGAACAAGGGAAGAUGUGACUUUACACACGAGUUUCCUUGAAUUUACGACUUCAAAGGGGCAGCUUUACGCAUCGCUCGAUCUGCCGUCUUUGUCGAGAUGUUGACGUUGUUCCAAAGGAAGUGUUGAAGGCUAGUCGGUCGGGCGGAAGGUGACCCCUAGGUAGACGCAAUAAUUUCUACAAGAAGUCAGUGCAAUAAUGCUUGCAUAGUUGUUCAUUAUUUUUAGUCGUUAGAGGCUUCCCCUAGGGACAGUACUUUGUAUUUAUAUGUAUAUAAUGUAGUAUAUAGGUUCAUUAUUGUUACAUAAUUACUUAUUACUACCGUAUUCUUAUUUAUAAUCUUGUCCCCUAUUACCUGAUAAUAGUAUUCUAUUUAUUUGUUAUGAAUUUGUGUUUUUUAUUGAGCUCCGUGUAUUUUUAAAUAGUGUUUUAUUGUCUCUAGAGAACAUAGCGAAUAACAUACCAGUGUUGAAUUGUUUAGAACGCAAGUGCCUUUCGACAGUCCCCCGUUGUUGUUGUUCAUAACGCUUUUGUAUACAGCUUUACAAAUGUAAUCUUUGUCACACUUUGAAAAAAAGCCCCCUCUGAAACCACCUGGCAUUUAAUAUACAUAGAUGUAAAUUAUUUUACUUACUUUUCUAAUUCCCUUUAUUUAUCAGCGAAUUAUAAAUAAUGAAUGACACAGCAUACAAUUGUUAUUAUGUAUUUAUACGAUCAAGAAGUAACAGUACUAUUAUUGAAUAAAAUUAUUAAAACACUA